AUGCCUUUCAUUUCAAGCAAUAUUUUCCGUAAUUCAAUCAUAUCUUCAAGAAAUCAAAAGAACGACGUCAAGGGCCACGAAGAGACCAGCCAGACCCCCGAUGAGACCAUUCGAAUCCUUCGGGAGGAAAACGAGAUACUGAAAGCCGUGCUCGCCAACCCAACAGAUUUCACGGACGUACCAGACACGCUGCCCCACGAGACAAAGCUUCUGAUUGCUGGCAUCAAGAUCAGAUAUCAAGACCUCCAAAGUGAGAUCGCAGACCUGAACGAGGAGUUGAUAGACCUCAAGGCCCAAAACACAACACUCCAGAGAACCGUUGCCUCCGAACGAUUCUACAUCGAGGAUGUUUCACGACAGCGCCUCGAGAUCCAACGAUUACAUGGCAUCGCAGAAGCAGAAGUCCACCGACUUCGAUCUUUCGAAGCCGAGGCUCUCCGGCUUGCUCCAUACGAAGACGAAGCGAAUCGACUCCGGCCGCAGAUCGGUCAAUUACGAGACAUGACCCGGGAAAGUGAUAGAUCAAAACGGACCGCUGAGGAGAAAGUAUCAACGCUGGAAGCUGAAUCGAAGAAGAGAGCCCUCCGCUUUGCCCACGUCCAGCAGCUUCUCCUAGAAACAAUGGCAAUCGGCAAACACCAAGUCUCUCCGCAGCUACGGUCUCUUCAUGUACAACUAGCAGGUGCAAGGACCCAAUUGACUCGACUGGCUACGUAUAGGACAAAAGCAGACCAUACGUGGCAAGCCAACGUACAGCUUCGGCAGCGUCUGGAAAGCACGCAGCAUGAGUUGGACACCGCGAAGUCAUUCGUGAAUGCUUUGCAGAAGAGGUUUCAAGAUGACGCUUUUGCUUUAGCAUUGGAUGGAGCAAAACGACAUAAAACGGCUCUUUCUCCCCGGACUAUCGGUAACUAA